GCCCGCGUGGCCCUGCUGGGGCACACAGCCCAGGGCAUCCCAGCACAGGCAGCCAGCUUGUCCCACCCUGAGCACUGGAGGAGACGCUGGCUGGCAUCACGCCUCAAGGUAAAAGCUUUGGUUUCUUUGGGUUGCUUUGGAGUGAAAAUAGCAACAUUUGGGGACAGGGGUUGUAGAUUUCCUUGCGAGUUUUGGUAGAAAGCUUUCUUUGGUAGAAAGAAAGGGGUUGCUUCGUAAGGGAAGAAAUCGGGAGCAGGGCUCUUUGCUCCAGCACGUCUUGGGUGCAGGGUGAUGUGCAGUGCAGUUAAUGUGCCCCAUGGGAACGUGGUGCUGGGCUGCUUAACGAGAAAACGUUAGCGAAGCUGGAGGGAAGCCCCCUGCCCCUGCUGCUUUACCUGCAGUGCCGCUGGGACAUCAGAAGGACCCAGCAGCCACACGGAUGCAGCUCUCCGUGGGGUUAUCUUACCGGGGUGCUCCACUGUGCCUUGGUGGGAGGUGUUACAGGGCUGUGGGGACCAUGCCAGGUAGGAGGUCAGGGGCACAGCUCUGUAGCCCGUGGUCUCACAGCUCAUCUGUGGCGCUGGCUCUCAUCACAGCUACCAAACUCAGCUGGGUGACGGGUGAUCUUACUGUGGGAGCAGGCAAUUUGGAGGAGCUUUUCCACUUUUUAGCGAUGCUUAGACAAAAAAUCUGCAAGAACAUGGCCAGAUAUUUGAAAUCUCAAACUAAAGGAAUGUUCCUGCACAGGAGAUACCAGGAGGUGGCAUGAGCAUAAAUCCUUGGCUUGUUUGAUGACAUACUAGGCUGAACACCACGUGCUGGGACAACAAGGCUGUAUCAGUUGGAAAGGCUUUGUGGGGCCAGGUUACAGCCAAGGGCAUGUACAAAUGCUUUGUUCUAGUGUGCAAAUACUUUGCUCCCUGUUGCAGUCACAAGGGACCACAAGCAACAUGAGGACUGCAUUCCUGGUGCUGCUUCUCUGGGCUGUAGCCUGCACUCACCCUGUGCCUGACCAUGAGCCUGCCCACCCCCACCUCAGCACUCAGCAGGAGGACACGACAAGUGAAGAUUACAUCAACAAGCUGGGCAACCUCCUGGGUGAUGGAGAUGGCAGACAUCCUCCUGCCAGUGUGGUGAGGGGGGACAAUGCCCUUGCCGGGGACCUGACAGUUGGCAACACCGUGGGUGAGGAGCUGGGUGAGCAUGGUGGCCGAGAUGUGGGAGGCAGAGUUGGGGAGGCUCCGCACCUGAACCAAGUGGACCAUGAGGACAUGAGUGCCCGGGAUGGGAACGGCCUUGGUUUCCUGGAGGAGGAUGCACACGAUGCUGAUGGUGGUGACAACAGAGAGCACCAUGGCACUGGAGUCAAUGGGCUUCCCUCCCGCGCCAGUGGGCUCCUGGAUGAGGAGGACGACAGUGGGGACGACACCUUCGAUGAGAAUGGGGAAGAGGAGGGGGGCGAAGGUCCUACUUACACAGCUGGUGCUGACAGGGCAGGUGAACAUGGCCAUGACGCUGGCCGUGGGGAUGCCAGGGCUGGCGGAGGGCAUGGUGACAGCAGCAGCAGUAGCAGCAGCGAGAGCGCUGGGGCUGAUCACCGGCGGUACAGGAGCUACCUCAGCAGCCGGUAUGAGCAGACCUACAGGCGGGGAGGGGGCAGCAGCAGCAGCCAGGAGGAGGAGAGCUAUGACUUCGAGGGCGAAGCCAUGCAGGGCGAUGACCCCUCUGUCUUCGACGGCCCAGGCAGCAGCUACAAGGGGCGCCGUGCUGGCCCCCGUGCCCCGGGGAGCAGCCAGGAGAGCAGCUGGGGGGCUGGCUCCCAUCGCUGGGAGGAGGGCGACAGCAGGUCCCCAGAGGUAGAGGAUGCUGACUCAGAAGAAGACAGCCCAUCCACGGAGGACAACAGUCAGUCAGAAGAGCCCAUCGCCAGCCAGUCAGAGGAAAACAGCACCAGCCGCUCUGGGGAGGAUGAAGAUGGGGAAGACAGCCCCUCCAGGGAGAGUGAGGGUAGCGAGUCCAGGGAGGACACUGCUGAGCAGUCAGACGAAGAGCCAGGGGAGUCCCCGGAGGACAUCUCCCAGGAGGCGGUGAGUACAUCGAGCGAGCGCAGCAGCAGCCAGUCCCAGGAAGGGCAGGAGGAGCGGGAGUCUGCCGAGGACACGAGUGUGCCGUCUGUGCCUGACAGUGAGUCCGGAGAAGAUGAGGAUGACCAGAGCCAGUCCACAGAGGACACUGUGGAGGAGUCAAAGGAGGAUGAGAAUGACUCUGACCCUGAUGGGGAUAUGCCAAGCACAUCAACUGAGAGCCAGAGUGCAUCCCCGGAGGAUGAUGGCAGCCAAGAUGACAACACAGGCGAGGACAGUAGGUCCACAGAAAGCAACAACAGCGAGUCCCCGGAGGAUGAUGAUGAUGAGGAGGAGAGCCACUCCCAGGAGGACGCCACCCAGGAGUCCAACAGCCAUGGGGAUGACAGCUCGCCACAGAGCCUGGAGAGCAGGAGCCGUAAACGGUGGCCGGGUGCCUACCGCAACAAGCCUGCUGUUGACUACGAUGACAAUGACUGCCAGGAUGGGUACUGACACGUGCCCCGCAGCCUCGUCGGUGCUGGCGGGAACAGGGGGAGGAGGGGUUUAAUUUAUUUGGUAUACAGCCUGGUUGACUUCUUCCUGAGAAGAUGCUGUGGAUAAAACAGAGGGGGGCUCUCCAGGGCUUGACCUGGGCUCACUACACAGGGCACGAAGUGGGAGGUUAUGCCAGCCACAGGGAAAACACCAAACCACAGCGAGAAAAGCCCUUUCUUAUACCAAACCGGAGAGCAGCUGAGAGCUGUGAGUGCCAGCAGGGUGCUGCUGCUUGCCAAAAGGGCACAGCGGUGGCUCGGCACUCCAGGAGCUGCGCCUGGGCAUGCUGGGCAGAAAGGUCCCUGCAUUCACCUUUUGUAUUUACCUACCACUGCCCUAAAAGCAUCUGCCCAGACUCCAGCGGGAGCUUUCCGUUAGCUCCGUGUCCUGCACAUAAGGAAGAAAAGCUGCAGCUGGUGUGCACACACAGCGUGUGGGCUCAGCGGUGCGUGAAGUACCACUUUUGGGGGGGAUAGAUGUAAUAUUUUGUAAGAAAUGUACAGUAAACAUUGUAUUGUAUUCUUUUUGCACUUGUAUUUCAAAGCUGAAAUGUACCCUUGUUGAUUCCUUUAAUGACCAUUAAAACCAUCACAUUCCACA